GGCAACAGUGAGCGCAUCACUGGAUAUGCAAAAGUGCGCAGGAGCCCAGCAAAGAAAUCGAAGCGAAAGAAAGGGACCUAAGCAGCCAAACAGAGCAUCUGUUGGAUCUUUGUACCAGUCGAACAAUGAGAAACCACUCGAUGUUUCCCUAAGAAGAAAAAGAAAAACCCUGGCAAAGCCCUCCAAAGAUGACGACAGCGGCACGGUGAUUGUCUUCCUCUCACCAAGCUCGAUAUUUAUUUUCUUAUUAUUCCCAUAUGCUUGGACUUUAUCUCAUGUGCGCGCAGGACACAAAGGAAAGGACUGGGAAACCGAAAUAUCUCCAACGCAGUCGCCAGUGCGCGCAGGGAGGAUCGUUUAAUUGAAUCGAAUAAUUACGCAGAGACGUUUUUUGUUAUUUGUGUUUUACAGAGCGCAGAGAGAGGGGGAAUUAAGUUUCCAAUGAAAACUUACUAUGUGAGUGCGGCUUCUGAACAGGUCGGUAAAAGCCUCAGCUUUCAAGGGGGGGGGGAAGAGAUGAGUGAUUCACGACGCAGCAACUGAUAAGGCUGUAAAAACCUGGACUGCGACCGGCUCGUUUGGAUACCUCAUCCCAGAGACUCCCUUGAAUUUUAUUUAUUUAGUUUUAUUUAUUUAUUUCUGAUGGCUUCUAUUCAAGUCAUGCAUUAUUAAGAUUUCAUGGCUAUAGAGAGUAGCAACAGUAGUGUGUGGGGAAAGAGGACAGCAGAAGUCUAACAGUGGGGGUAAAGAUAUCGCACUUUUCCAAACAGGAGACAUUGCGCACGGCUGCAGCAACUACCAGACUUUUUUUUUCUUUUUGAAGAACACUGAAUCCUUUGGUAUUGCUUUCUGUCAUCGUAGUAUGUCUGCACUUCGAAAGAAAUUUGGGGACGAUUAUCAGGUAGUGACCACCUCCUCCAGCGGGUCCGGAUUCAACCAGCCUCCCCCGGAGAAGAAGAAGAAGAGGCAGAGGUUCGUGGACAAGAACGGGCGAUGUAACGUCCAGCAUGGGAACCUGGGCGGUGAGACCAGCAGGUACCUCUCGGACUUGUUCACCACGCUGGUAGACUUGAAAUGGCGCUGGAAUCUGUUCAUCUUCAUCCUCACCUACACAGUGGCUUGGCUCUUCAUGGCCUCCAUGUGGUGGCUCAUCGCCUACAUCAGAGGAGACCUCAACAAAGCGCACAACGACAAGUACACUCCGUGUGUGGCCAACGUGUACAACUUUCCCUCUGCCUUUCUGUUCUUCAUAGAGACCGAGGCCACCAUAGGCUACGGCUACAGAUACAUUACAGACAAAUGCCCAGAGGGGAUCAUUUUGUUUCUGUUCCAGUCCAUCCUCGGAUCGAUCGUCGACGCGUUCCUGAUCGGCUGCAUGUUCAUCAAGAUGUCUCAGCCCAAAAAGAGGGCCGAGACGCUGAUGUUCAGCGAGCAUGCGGCGAUCUCCAUGCGUGAUGGAAAACUCACUCUCAUGUUCAGGGUGGGAAACUUGCGUAACAGCCAUAUGGUCUCUGCACAGAUCCGCUGCAAAUUGCUCAAAUCUCGUCAGACUCCUGAAGGCGAGUUUCUUCCGCUGGAUCAGCUGGAGCUGGACGUGGGUUUCAGCACCGGGGCCGACCAGCUCUUCCUCGUUUCGCCGCUCACCAUCUGCCACGUGAUCGACACCAAAAGCCCCUUCUAUGACCUCUCGCAGAGGUCCAUGCAAACGGAGCAGUUUGAAAUUGUGGUGAUACUAGAAGGCAUCGUGGAGACCACAGGGAUGACCUGCCAGGCAAGGACAUCGUACACGGAAGACGAGGUUCUCUGGGGACACCGCUUCUUUCCUGUCAUCUCCUUGGAGGAGGGCUUUUUCAAGGUGGACUACUCUCAGUUUCACGCCACAUUCGAGGUGCCCACUACUCCUUAUAGCGUAAAGGAGCAGGAGGAAGCCCUACUCCUCUCCUCACCCCUCAUGGCACCAUCCCUGUGCAACAGCGGGGAGAAGAAUAGCUCCCUGGACUGCCUGGAGACCCUGGAGGACAAUGACAGCACCACCAAGCUGCCUACCAAGUUGCAGAAGAUCACGGGCCGGGACGGCCUACCCAAGAAGCUGCUGAGGAUGAGCUCCACCACCUCAGAGAUGACUUACAGCUUCGGAGACCUACCCAUGAAGCUGCAGCGAAUCAGUUCAGUCCCCGGCGUCUCUGAUGACAAACAGGCCGGGAAAGCCUCCAAGAUCAGUACAGAGCCUAUCAGUAAGUCGGUAGCGGACUUGCCCCCGAAGCUGCAGCGACUGGCUGGGGGAGGAGGGGGAAGGAUGGACGGACACUUGCCGCCUAAACUUAGAAAGAUGAACUCAGAUCGCUUUACAUAAAACACGCAACAAAUUUUAACUCCUGCUAUCCUCUUUUUUUCUGAACUUGAAAUCCUUGUACUAUUCCAUAUUUAUUAACAGACAAUAUUCUUAUAUUAAAGGAGCUGUAGAAUAUGUGCACAAAUACCUUAUAUAAAGUAGGGGGAUGGAAAUGAGCACAUUUGUCCCUGGAUGUAAGUUUUCUUGCUCUAAUGAAAGACCUCAGAUUUAUUUAUUUUUCUUUCUCUUUCUUAAAUUUUCUUCGUUUUUUUUAGGACUAUGUACAACUAGCACAAUUUGGCAUGUAAGAAGCGGCGCAUGUAGAACCGAAUCUCAGUUUCUGGCAUGACAAUUUGUUGAUUUCACAAAACAAAAAGACAAAAAAAUUGUUUCAUUAGUGAAUUUACAGACGGUGGACGAUUGCACAAAGCCAUAUGAUUUACACCACUGAAAACCUACAUAGCAUUGGUUCUAUUCUGUAAUGAAGAAAGGCACACAUGUUUGUUUUGAGUUGAUUGCUUUUGUUGUUUACUGUAAAAUUGUGGCAAUGUUACGUUGGUUGCAUGCUCCUCUUACUGACUUAGCUAUACAAAGGUAAUAGACAAAGAUGUUUAGCCUUAACUAUAUUACCUUGUUUCCAUCUCCAUGUUCGUUCACAGCUGUAUUUUUUGGUAUUUCAUAUAUAGACUAUUUUACCAUGUGCGAUUUUAAGAUUUUAUCUGAUCAAAUUCAGAAAGUGCUGCUAGAUGAUGCAUACUAUAUUUACAAAUGCGUUAUUAACAUCAGUAAAUUUGGGCACAAUGAUACACAAUUUUCUCUUGCUUAUUGAUGUAACACUUAAGUUGAAAUAUUCAAUAGCUGUAACUGAUAAGCACAAAACAAUCACAUAAAUCCCUAAAAUGUUAGAAAGCAUUUCUUGUCUCGUCAUAUACCAAAAUGCAAUCUUCAAUAAGCCAGUGCUGCUUUAACAAAGGCACCAUUAGACUUUCAACUUACGUGUUACUGGUUAGAUUUGGUGGGCCUGUAAAGAAAUUAAAAAUAAUCAUUGUUUUUAGAGACCAUUAUAUUCCUCUUUUGUGAUGAAAGCAAUAAUAUUAUUAUAAAAUCUACAACCUAUAGCCACAGGGUCUACCACAGUCCCCUAUGAUUAUGUUUACUUGAUCCGUGCCAUGAAAUCUGGUUUUCUCUAAAUGCAUCAAAGACAUUGUAUGAUAACUGAUCUCUUCAGGAAUAAAGAUCUAAAGUAACUAUUUAUCAUCUUGGUACUUGGUGGUAGAUGGAAUCCAAACUUUACCUGUUUGAUGAAUAAAUUAUUGUCAGCUGAUUACAAAAGGUAAUGACCGGAAACUCAAAAAAACUAUUCUCUUUUGUACUCAACGACUUGCUUGCAGCCCAGAACAUCAAAUGCAAUGCCUUGUAUAAAGUCUUCAUGCUCCAUUAGCAUUUCCAUAUUCUGUCCCAGCACAACCACAUAAUUAUACACUGUUUUCUUAAUAUUUUACAUGUAAAAUGUGAAAAGGAGGACGUAAAUAAGUUUUCAGACUCUCUAUAAGUCUGAAAUAUAUAUAUAUAUAUAUAUAUAUAGGUUUUCAGUCAGUGCUCUGUAAAGUAGCCUUUUCCUGUACUUAACGCUACAAUCUUUUGGGGUGUGUCUAUUAGCCUUUGGCAAAAUUGUUCAAAUUGAAUCCGCUUAGCUGGAAGGUCAAAUUUAAAUCGCUCUACUGCAGCUCUUGUAGUAUAUUUAAUGUUAUUGUUCUGCUAAAACGUGAAUUUCCACUUCAGUCUCAAGUCUUUUUGCGUCUUCAACAUAUUUUCUUCCAGGAUUGUCCUGUAUUCAGCUCCAUUCAUCUUUCUAUCAACUCAGACUAGCUUUUUUGUCCCUGCUAAAGAAAGACAUCCCCAGAGCAUAAUCAUAUUGCUGCCACCGUGGCCAUAGAACAUGCCAUGUGUUCAGGGUUGUGGGCAUUGUUACUUUUCGGUCUUAAAUCGAUGACCAAGAUGCAAAACCUUUUAUCUACUGGAUUUCCUGAUUCAUAGAUUUCAGUUUGAGAACAAUUGAAGUCUGCUCAUAUUUAGCCUGACUCUAAGAUCCCCACUUUUUGUUGCGACAGAAAAGCCACAAUUUGAAAACUUACAAUCAGGUUUACUGGCAGCAAAAUAAGCUAAUUGGUCAUCGAUUUAGCCUAAUGCAAUUAGCCCAAAAAGUUCAAAUUUUUCUCAUCUGUCACCUAACCCCUUCAUGGGCCUGUUAGCUGCUUCUCCAAUAAUAGCUUCUCCAAUUAAUGCUGUGUGUUAGUUUAGGUGGAUGGCCAUGUCUUGAAAGUUUUUGUGUCCUGUCUCCUCUUUCCAUUUUUUGGGGAAUGGGUUGACCAGUGCUUUGUGGGAGGUUUAUGGUUUGGGAUAUUGUUUUAUAACCUAACCCUGUUUUAAACAUAUCCACAAUUUUAUCCCUGACCUGUCUGCUGUGUUCCUUGGUCUUCAUGAAGCUGUUUAUUCACACAUGAUCUCUGAAGAACAGUUGGAUUUACAAGAUUAAAUUGCAAACAAGUGGAUUAUCUUUAAAAAUAGGCAACUUCUAAAACAAAUGGUUGGUGGGUGUAUCAUAGUCAAAGGGAUUUAAUAAAAAUGCAAACGUUUGAGAUUUUUGUAUGUAACAAGUUUUAAAAACAAUGCAUCAUUUUCUUUGCACUCCACAAUAAUGCACUAAGUUAUGUUGGUCUAAGAAAGAAAGACCCAAUAAAAUAAAAAAAAAUUGUGAGAGUCAGGAAAACGUCUGCAAGGCACUGCACUUUAACUUCCUGCUCGCUUUGUUAAUAUGUCGUUUGGUGCUUGUGCCGCACACAUAGAAUGCAGCAAAAUAUUUACUUUUUUGCUGCUUCUCUUUCUUUUUUUUUUAUACAGGCUUUGAACAAGUUCAGGAGAAUAUUUGAGAAAGCAGAGGAAUUACAGGUGUAAAUGUGGAUCAAGAUCAUGCAGAGGAAGGUCACUCUAGAGCAGCAGGCCUUAACCCUGGUCCUCAGAUUCUGUUUUAGACAGUUACCUGCUUCAGCACAACCGAUUUAAUGAUUGAGUCAUCCAAGUAUAUUGCAGAACUUGUAGGGUAUUCAGUCAUGAAUUUCAGGUGUGAACAUUUAGGGCAGUCCCCAGCAAUGAACACACAUAGGAAGAAGGACUCGAUGCAAAAAUGAAGUUGUGAAAAUUGCUUUAUCUUUUUUACAACACACUAGUAAUUUAGCUUUUCUUGAUGACUGAUUUUAUCUUCAUACCAAUAUUACAUACACCCUAAUAUGUACACAGAAUUGACGAGUGAGGUACAGGCCAUAGAAAGUAUGAUGCAGAUAUUUGUAGCUAUAAGCAUUCUUGCACACACAUUUACUCAUAGUAAAUGCUUCAAAAAAUGAACUGCUGUGCUGGCAUUAUUUCUCACCUACUGAUUUUUACAUAGGGUGCUGCAGGGAAAAUCUCUUUAAGAAGUCUGGUGUACAAACAUUUGCAUUCAGAACAUACAGUAACUGCAAUCCCUGAGGAGCAUUUCUAGAAAACUCCAUGACUGCAGUGAAUGUGUGGAAACCACCUCCAACGGCAAGAUUAAAUGGCUUGAUAAUGUUCAAGUGUGUUUAUCAAAGGACAAAUAGACCUGUGCUCAAGGAUAACACGAAAAGGCAAAUUAUUAAGCCCAGUAAAACAAAUAUUUAUUUUACUACUUCUUUUUUUCUUCUUUUUCUUCCAUUUGCUAUUUUCUUUUGCUUUCCCUAAUGUGAAAAAGCAGCUUAGGUUUAGGACAACAAUACUAUUCAAUCAUUGCAGUGCUGUAACUAAUGCUAACUGGAAAAAAAUAGAUGCAAAGUGCUGGUACUUCACUUGAGUACUUUGUAUUUUUUUCUUACAGCAUUUUUCACACUAAAUUACAGAGGAUCUCAACAUUCAUACAUUUUCUGUGUAGGUUUUACAAUUUGAGAAGCAAAAUAGUUACUCGUUAUUCGUCUCUCCAUGAACGGCGUCUUGCAACAGAAGCACACCCCCAGCUUGUUAUGGAGAGCAUGUUAUGUCGUUUCUGCCGGCCGCACACAGCCACAUUUUUGUAACAGUCUUCACACAGUGCAGCUGACUCACCAAACAGGGAGAGCAGCAAGGUUAAUUCUCAAAGUAAGUCCUACACCUAUGAGGCAAAACUUUAUGGUUAGAGUUUUUUAGAAUGCACUUCCUCCAUUAACUCUUAUUUUGCUAUUAGUUGUCAAAUAUUGGCAGAUUGUAUCUGGAGUAUCAUUAAAAUGAAAACUGCAGCGUCCCAAGCAAAGGUAUAACAGCCAAUGAGAUGUUUGCCAUAGGCAAAUUCUCUCAAGACAGCUGUUGUGCAAAAGUACAAAAACAUGCUUUACAGUUUAAAGGUCUGGAGAAUUAUUCUGCUCAGGAAAUGUAAAAAUCAUAAGUAUUCAUUAUCAUGCUUAUGUUAGCAUUAAUCUACUCAAUAGACUUAGGACACAGUGCAUUAUGGUCAGUUUUGAUGAUAAUGUGUUCAAUCUUUGUACGCAACAUUUACUGUCCAUGCAACUCAUUUUUUAUAUGUAUAGUUGAUCAGGAAAUUACAGAAGUAUGUUACAAAGUUUAGCAGACAAUUUAAAUACAUAAAGGCUCCAAAAACAAGGCUUAAAGUGAUUUUCAAACAGACAAGAGACUUCAUUUAGAACUUUAACAAUUAAGACCUAUAGAGAACUACUCUGCUGAUGGCGUUGAAAUUGAAAUUCACCAAACUUAGAUUUGUUGCUAAUGUUAGCAUUCUCGGUUGGCUCCCGGGGUUAGGGCCUCAUAAUCUAUUUUAACUGUAUGAUGUAACUACUUUCCUAUGCACUAAAUAGUCAAAGAAAAACUAAUUAAUUUAAUUUUGAAUUUAAUGGGAAAUCAAAGACAAGGUGCAGAUGAGAGGCUUUGAAUUAGACUGAAAAAUGCUUUAUUUUUUAAAUAGUUUUUUACAGCACGAGUGGCCUUUAUUUUGUUAUUGUCUGAAAGUGAGCUGUCAGGAAAUGGGUAGAGCCUGGGGGAAGACAUGCAGCAAAGGUCAAUGGGCUGAGACUCGAACUCGUGACCGGCUGCGUGAAGGACCAAGGCCUCCGUACAUGGGUCGUGUGCUCUACCCCUACGCCACUGUUGCACCCUAAAAAAAAUUUAUUAAACGGUUAAACUGUCUAGAGAAUUAAUUUACUCAGGGAUUUGAAAAUCACAAUGAGUAGCUCCAAAGCAUGCAGAGAUUAGCAAUAACAUUUUCAGUUGUUGGGGGUGCAAUGUGUAAUUGCCUGCUAUGACCAAAGUAAUGUGCAACCACUGCCUUGUGGAUGAAAAAUGACAAAAUAUUGUUUGGAAUUUGAGUGGACAGGUCAAUGGCAAGAAAAUUCCAAUAACAAGGAGAGAUAUUCUCAAAAAGACAAAACAACUGGAGUAAGAACUAAAGCCUGCUUAACAAUUUAGAUGUUUACUGAGUUCCUCUGCUCUGGCAUUUUAAGCUAGUCUGAAAAUCACAAUAAUUAGCUUUAUUGGCAUGACGGUGUUAGCAUUAGCGUCACUGGUUGCUCUAGGGCACUUUGCAUUAUAGUCUUUUUUGACUAAGGCAGUAUAGAAUUAGUUUAAUUUCUAAUUACUGUAUAAUGGAUAAAAACAUUACAGAAUUUGUCUCAGAUUUUGAGCAGACAAUUUGAAUGGCUCUUGGUCCAAAACAAGGGGCAGGGUCAUUCCCAAAUAGACCUGAGAGUUCAGAUUGGAACUAAGGGUUUUUUAAACAUACACCAUUCUUGCAUCUCACUGAAUUAAUCUGCCACAGAUUACCAACAUAGAUCUAAAAAUACAGAUGUUUGAGAUAAUUCAUAAUUUUUGCAAUUUAAGAUUACACUCGUAGAAAUAUUUGUUGAUCAACAAUUAAUCAAGUAAGAUCUUAUUUAAUGACAGACAUAAAUGUUUUAUUCAGUCGAAACAUAAAAAUCUAUUAUUCUUUACGUCAUCACAGCUCUUUGGAGAGAAAAUUUAACAUGUAUUCAAGUCAGAAACUGGACUAAAGCCUUGUGAAGAAUCUCAAUAGUAUAAAUAUAGAAUUUUGUUUUUCAGAUUUAUAUCAUACAGUCAGAGGUUUAAGGCAAUGUUGAAGAAUUGCUCAUUCCUCUUUUUUUGUCCAUUUUACUUGACAACACGCAUGUCUGCAAACCAAUUCGAUCUGUUUCUAAAUUUAGAUAAGAGUAAGACAAACAAUUCCACGUCGACACAAAGGCAGUGUCACCUCUUCAGGCGUUUUCAUUGUUUUAAUCAUACUCUUGUGUAAUCAGUGCUGCACUUUAUUUUCUCAGCACACCAUUUGUUCCCGUUAAGUAUGCCAUGUAUAAUAAUAUGUAUUUGAAGAGAGCCCCUAAAGGACUUCUGGAGAUAAAAGUCAGUGCCAUUAUUGUAUUUAUCACAAGUAGAUAGGUUAAUUGUGUCUUUAUCCUCAGAUAACUCUUUCCUCAAUAAACACAUAGGAAAGAUCGAAAUAUCAAAACUGCUGAUGGCAUCAUCCUCAGACUUCUUGGAAAUGGGGUUCAAUUCUUUUUUAGGCCCCCUUAAAUCAGCACUUGUUCUGCUGGAAAACAAUUGCCCUUUAUCACCAAGGAGAUCUGUGCUCUGGAUGUCACUUUUUUGUGGGUGUGUGGGUGGUGGUGGUGGGGUUGUCUUUUGUCUGUGCCUUUCCUCCAAAAUAGCAUUUAAAUGCAAAAAUAAUUGGCAUAGACAGAGGUGGGGGAGGUGGGAGGGCUUCAGUUGGAAGGAGAAGACAGGGCUGUUCAUGGUUUAUAACCUUUUUAAAAAACCUCUAAAAUAAUUACUACUUGGGAGAUGUCUUGAUAAUUCACAGGUUUCUGUUUUAUCUGACAUGACAGCUAUUGUAAAGCAUCAACUGAUUAUUACGGCACAAAAAAACAAAUGUGCUAAAAAAUUGGCAGCAUUUUCAUUGUCUCUAUGUCAGUUGUAUUGAAUGUAAAGACUUCUAUAAUGAUUAACAUACUUUACAACCAAGUUAAAUAUGGCUUGCUGGUGAGCUGGCACUUCUUGCACCACAUCAGUGCCAGUGUCAAGAUUGGAUAAUAUAUGAGACAUCACAUAUGGAGAUUUGUGCAACAAAAAACUGAGCUGCUGGUGUCUUUUUCGCUGCAUGACAAAUGUCUUCUUAGCAUCAUAACAGCUAGUCUCUUGCCUUUGAUGUCCUGUGACAUGCUUGAUUUGCUCAUGCAACAAAACUACACCAUGAAGGAAAUAAAGGGAAAUGGUGGUAAAAAUAAUGAAAUAUAAAAAAUAUGGGCUUUUGUGUCAAAAAACAUUUUUUAUUGGGAGACAUUUUGUCUUAGCAGGAAAAAACUUUUCAACUAUAACUGUUUCAGUAAUUUAGCUGUCUCAAAAAGCACAAAAUUGCAUUCCAGGGACUUGUUUAUUGACACGUAGCUAAUAUGAGGAAUGAGACAUUAACUAACACUCAUUUCCAUCAGCACAAAUGUAGUUGGCAUCAUAUAUUUUAAGGAAAACAUAAGAAUAAUUCAAUUUAUUUCUAUAAUUUGCUCAGGUGAAUGAUAGGAAACAAUAUUAACAAAGAUCAAGGCUUUUCUUUUGACAGCAUUAUGCUCUGAUAUUCAAUAAACAGUUCAAUUUAAUGCAUUUAUUGUUUUAAAAAUGUCACAUCUAAGAACAUUGCAGUGGGAAUGCUUAUAGAUCCCAUUCUGUAAUGAGAAACCUGUUGAUUAAUGCUUUCAUGUGCAUGCACAUGUGCCUAAAGAAUGAUAGUUCAUCCAAUGCACACAUAUUCCUAUUGUGUUUUCUUUACAUUAAUAAUUAACUCUGCCUUUGUGGUUUACUCCAAGUGCUUCAAUAAAAAUAAGAUUCCAUUCUUCAUUCCA